UGCGGAAUACGGAAACUGCAGCCAUGACCACCCACGUCACCCUGGAAGAUGCCCUGUCCAACGUGGACCUGCUGGAAGAGCUGCCCCUCCCUGACCAGCAGCCAUGCAUCGAGCCUCCGCCUUCCUCCAUCAUGUACCAGGCCAACUUUGACACGAACUUCGAGGACAGGAAUGCAUUUGUCACAGGCAUUGCAAGGUACAUCGAACAGGCUACGGUCCACUCCAGCAUGAAUGAAAUGCUGGAGGAAGGACACGAGUAUGCGGUCAUGCUGUACACCUGGCGCAGCUGUUCCCGGGCCAUCCCCCAGGUGAAGUGCAACGAGCAGCCCAACCGUGUGGAGAUAUACGAGAAGACGGUGGAGGUGCUGGAGCCGGAGGUCACCAAGCUCAUGAAGUUCAUGUACUUCCAGCGCAAGGCCAUCGAGCGGUUCUGCAGCGAGGUGAAGCGGCUGUGCCAUGCCGAGCGGAGGAAGGACUUUGUCUCUGAGGCCUACCUCCUGACACUGGGCAAGUUCAUCAACAUGUUCGCGGUCCUGGACGAGCUGAAGAACAUGAAGUGCAGCGUCAAGAACGACCACUCUGCCUACAAGAGGGCGGCGCAGUUCCUGAGGAAGAUGGCGGACCCCCAGUCUAUCCAGGAGUCGCAGAACCUCUCCAUGUUCCUGGCCAACCACAACAGGAUCACCCAGUGUCUCCAUCAGCAACUGGAAGUGAUCCCAGGCUACGAGGAGCUGCUGGCGGACAUCGUCAACAUCUGCGUGGAUUAUUACGAGAACAAGAUGUAUCUGACCCCCAGCGAGAAGCACAUGCUCCUCAAGGUGAUGGGUUUUGGUCUCUACCUGAUGGAUGGAAAUGUCAGUAACAUCUACAAACUGGAUGCCAAGAAGAGAAUCAACCUCAGUAAAAUCGAUAAAUUCUUUAAGCAGCUGCAGGUGGUGCCUCUAUUCGGCGACAUGCAGAUAGAGCUGGCCAGAUACAUUAAGACCAGUGCUCACUAUGAAGAGAACAAGUCCAAGUGGACCUGCACCCAGAGCAGCAUCAGCCCCCAGUACAAUAUCUGCGAGCAGAUGGUUCAGAUCCGAGAUGACCACAUCCGCUUCAUCUCCGAACUCGCUCGCUACAGCAACAGUGAGGUGGUGACGGGCUCGGGGCUGGACAGCCAGAAGUCCGACGAGGAGUACCGCGAGCUCUUCGACCUGGCCCUGCGGGGCCUGCAGCUCUUAUCCAAGUGGAGCGCCCACGUCAUGGAGGUGUAUUCCUGGAAGCUGGUUCACCCCACCGACAAGUUCUGUAACAAGGACUGCCCGGGCACGGCCGAGGAGUACGAGAGAGCCACGCGCUACAACUACACCAGCGAGGAGAAGUUCGCCUUUGUGGAGGUGAUCGCCAUGAUCAAAGGCCUGCAGGUGCUCAUGGGCAGGAUGGAGAGCGUCUUCAACCAGGCCAUCAGGAACACCAUCUACGCGGCCCUGCAGGACUUUGCCCAGGUGACGCUGCGUGAGCCCCUGAGGCAAGCGGUUCGGAAGAAGAAGAACGUUCUUAUCAGUGUCCUGCAGGCAAUUCGGAAGACCAUCUGUGACUGGGAGGGUGGCCGAGAGCCCCCCAAUGAUCCAUGCCUGAGAGGGGAGAAGGAUCCCAAAGGUGGAUUUGACAUCAAGGUGCCCCGGCGUGCUGUGGGGCCCUCCAGCACACAGGCCUGCCAGUGGUCCCCGCGGGCUUUGUUUCACCCCACUGGUGGCACACAGGGCCGAAGAGGCUGCCGAUCCCUGCUGUACAUGGUGCGGACCAUGCUCGAGUCGCUCAUCGCAGACAAGAGCGGCUCCAAGAAGACCCUGAGGAGCAGCCUGGACGGCCCCAUUGUCCUCGCCAUAGAGGACUUCCACAAGCAGUCCUUCUUCUUCACGCACCUGCUCAACAUCAGUGAAGCCCUGCAGCAGUGCUGUGACCUCUCCCAGCUCUGGUUCCGAGAGUUCUUCCUGGAGCUGACCAUGGGCCGGCGGAUCCAGUUUCCCAUUGAGAUGUCCAUGCCCUGGAUCCUGACAGAUCAUAUCCUGGAAACCAAAGAACCUUCCAUGAUGGAGUACGUCCUCUACCCGUUGGACCUGUACAAUGACAGCGCCUACUAUGCUCUGACCAAGUUCAAAAAGCAGUUUCUGUACGACGAGAUCGAAGCCGAGGUGAACCUGUGUUUUGAUCAGUUUGUCUAUAAGCUGGCGGAUCAGAUCUUUGCUUACUACAAAGCCAUGGCUGGCAGUGUCCUGUUGGAUAAACGUUUUAGAGCCGAAUGUAAGAACUAUGGAGUCAUCAUUCCGUACCCGCCGUCCAACCGCUAUGAGACGCUGCUGAAACAGAGACACGUCCAGCUCACCCCUGGGGAGCAGUGGCCACCAAAGCCUCUGUCUUCCCGUCCUAAGCUGCGGCCCACUUCCUUGCAUCGGGACUGCUGCUCAGCAGUGGGCUUUUUCUCACAGAUGGAAUCUGGAGAGCAAGCAGGCAUGCUUUGUACCCAGAGGGGAGCAGACAGGUAUUUGCACGUGACCUGGUCCCCUUCCUGGGACAGGCAUGCAGCCUGGGCAAUAGCUGUCAAUCAAUUCCUUCCCCUCAGAACAAGGGAACAUUGUCACAUGCCACUGCUGGGGUCCUGGUCCCCAUGCCAGCAGUUGGGAGGUUGUGUGAGGGGCUCUCGCCUGUGUGACAGAAAUGGGUCAGACCAAGUGGUGCACACCUGUAAGGUAUGUGUGCGUCCUCAGCAGCUGCGGUUCUCUCUCGGCCAGGAGCUGGAGUGGCUGCUGGAGAUCAACCGGCUCACGCACCGACUGCUGUGCAAGCACAUGACCCUGGACAGCUUCGACGCCAUGUUCCGGGAGGCCAACCACAACGUGUCCGCCCCCUACGGCCGCAUCACCCUGCAUGUCUUCUGGGAGCUGAACUUCGACUUCCUCCCCAACUACUGCUACAACGGAUCCACCAACCGUUUUGUCCGAACUGCCAUUCCUUUCACCCAAGAACCGCAAAGAGAUAAACCCGCCAACGUCCAGCCUUAUUACCUCUAUGGGUCCAAGCCUCUCAACAUCGCCUACAGCCACAUCUACAGCUCCUACAGGAACUUCGUGGGGCCCCCUCACUUCAAGACCAUCUGCAGACUCCUGGGCUACCAGGGCAUCGCCGUGGUCAUGGAGGAGCUGCUGAAGAUCGUCAAGAGCUUGCUCCAGGGGACCAUUCUCCAGUAUGUGAAAACACUGAUCGAAGUGAUGCCCAAGAUAUGCCGCUUGCCCCGGCAUGAGUAUGGCUCCCCAGGGAUCCUGGAGUUCUUCCACCACCAGCUGAAGGACAUCAUUGAGUACGCAGAGCUCAAAACAGACGUGUUCCAGAGCCUGAGGGAAGUGGGCAACGCCAUCCUGUUCUGCCUGCUUAUAGAGCAAGCCCUGUCUCAGGAGGAAGUCUGUGAUUUGCUCCAUGCUGCGCCCUUCCAAAAUAUCUUGCCGCGAGUCUACAUCAAAGAGGGGGAGCGUCUGGAAGUCCGGAUGAAACGCCUGGAAGCCAAGUACGCCCCGCUUCACCUGGUCCCUCUGAUAGAGCGGCUGGGGACCCCUCAGCAAAUUGCCAUCGCUCGGGAGGGUGACCUGCUGACCAAGGAGCGGCUGUGCUGCGGCCUGUCCAUGUUCGAGGUCAUCCUGACCCGCAUUCGGAGCUACCUGCAGGACCCCAUCUGGCGGGGCCCGCCACCCACCAACGGUGUCAUGCACGUGGACGAGUGUGUGGAGUUCCACCGGCUAUGGAGUGCCAUGCAGUUCGUCUACUGCAUCCCCGUGGGGACCAAUGAGUUCACAGCCGAGCAAUGUUUUGGUGAUGGCUUGAACUGGGCCGGCUGCUCCAUCAUCGUCCUGCUGGGCCAGCAGCGUCGCUUCGACCUGUUUGACUUCUGCUACCACCUGCUGAAAGUGCAGAGGCAGGACGGGAAGGAUGAAAUCAUUAAGAAUGUGCCGCUGAAAAAAAUGGCAGACAGGAUCAGGAAGUACCAGAUCUUGAACAAUGAGGUUUUUGCCAUCCUGAACAAGUACAUGAAGUCCGUGGAGACAGACAGUUCCACCGUGGAGCACGUGCGCUGCUUCCAGCCACCCAUCCACCAGUCCCUGGCCACCACCUGCUAGGCGGGAGGUCCUGCAAGCCCUCAACCUGGAGGAGACCACGCAGCAGGAGAGAGAAAGCCAUGGCCAGCCCUGCAAUGGGGUCCGACUGGACAGCGUGUGGGAUGGACCUGGAAGCCAAUAGGAACCUCCCCAAACACAUCUACACUCCCAAGCUGGGCCUGUGCAUGCUCUCCCCUGACAUCUCCAUGGUGGUUUUGCCC